AUGGUGCGAGAAAAUGCAAUAAUAAUGAUCGAUGAGUCCUCGCUUACUGGUGAGUCGGAUCAUAUCAAAAAGACUGUAGAAUCGGAUCCUGUGCUGCUUUCGGGUACUUAUGCAAUGGAAGGUUCUGGUAAAAUGAUAUUGACCGCUGUCGGUGUGAACUCUCAAACGGGUAUCAUUAUGACGCUUCUCGGUUCUGGCAAGCCAGGUAUUGGUGGGGCAGACGACAAUUCCACGUCAACUUCAUCGAGUUCGUCCAGCUCUUCGUCAAGCUCGAGCUCAUCGUCUCAUUCAACGAAUUCGAGUGACGAUGAUGACAGUCUCUCGGCGAAGUCCGUGCUGCAGUCAAAACUCUCCCAACUGGCGUUACAGAUCAUUUACUGCGGUGAGUGCACAGUUUAA